GCUACGUCCAUCGCUUCCCUCGCACCAAUAGAAGUGCGUGGGAAUGCCUUUUGGAACUCUGAUACCGGUGACCGUUUCUACAUCCGUGGUGUCGACUACCAGCCUAGAAACAACGGUACGUUGGUCGAUCCGCUGGGCAUAGAGGAGAUCUGUCUCCGUGACGUUGAAUACUUCAAAGAGCUCGGUUUGAACACCAUCAGAGUGUACACCGUUGAUAACUCUUUGAACCAUUCGACCUGUAUGCAGGCCUUGGAUGACGCUGGCAUUUACCUGAUCUUGGACGUGAACACUCCAGAGGCAUCUAUCUCAAGGUACGAUCCGUCAUGUUCCUACAACGCCCAGUACUUGCAGGCAGUCUUCUCUACGGUUGAUGCGUUUGCCAAAUACGAUAACGUGUUGGGGUUCUUUGCUGGUAAUGAGGUUAUCAACGAUAUCGAGAACACAACAGCUGCUGCCCCUUACGUCAAGGCUGUGGUGCGUGAUCUGAAACAGUACAUGAAGUCCCAGGACUACAGAGCCAUUCCUGUUGGAUAUUCCGCUGCAGAUGUCUCGUCAAACGUCUUCCAGACAGCUGAAUACUUCAACUGUGGUGAUGAUGAAGAUGCAAGAAUCGACAUGCUUGGUGUCAACGAUUACUCAUGGUGUGGCCAGUCAUCCUACGUGGUUUCCGGUUACAAGGAAAAGGUACAGAAAUACACCGGCUACUCUGUUCCAAUCUUCUUUUCUGAAUACGGUUGUAACACCGUUGGUACUUCAAGACUGUUCACGGAGGUUGGUACUAUAUAUUCAACACUGAUGACAAGUGUCUUCUCUGGUGGCCUGGUCUACGAGUACUCAGAGGAGAGUAACAACUAUGGUUUGGUUGAGAUCGACGACAAUGGAAACCUUACCAUUCUCACAGAUUUCACCAACUUGCAAUCCCAACUCAACGAUACCUCUGACCCAACGGGUGAUGGUGGUUAUGCAGCCUCUAAUUCCAUCUCUACCUGUCCAACUUAUGAGGCUGGUAUUUGGGAAGUUGAAGAUAACACCAUUCCAGAUACCCCAUCGGCUGCAUCAGUGUUCUUCUCAUCUGGUGCAGGCCAACCUCUAGGAACUGACAUUGGAAACACACAAUGGGGUUGCUACGCUGAUGAUGAUGACGAGGAUGAAUCUUCUUCUUCGGACUCCUCAUCUGAAUCUUCUACAGGCUCGUCAAGUUCCUCUUCUUCAUCUGAUGCC